AGGUAAGUUAGUACCUAGGUAAAUUUAAACAGAAAAUAAAAUAUUGACAUCUUUCAAAGAACAUAAAUUUCAACUUUUAAUUGUAAUUAAGAACAGUAGACAAAUCAAAAUAACAACAGCCUCUAUCAGUUUAAUAGUAAGUAAUGAUAAACAAGAAAUAAAAAGUAUAUUGAAGGGUAUAGGAAAAGAAACAGGCAAGUCACUUUUUAAAAAUGGCCAUUUUUUUGUUAUAAAAUUCGUUUUGAUACGAAACAAAAUUGUUCUUUAUUUUUAAACACGAUUAAAAGUUUUUAGGUCAUUUUUUGAAACAUUUUAAAACUUUAUUUAAACAUAUUUUUCUCAGAUUAAAAAAAAGGACUCGCCUGGAUUUUCGCUUCUAUUGAUCUCCAAUACACCAGAAAAUGACUUUGUAAUUGUUGAUUAAACUUCGCCAUAAAUUAGAGGGAAAAAACUUAAAACAUUUUUUAACUGGAAAAACCCAAUACUUGUUUACCCAUUAAAUAAGUACUGGCGUAUUCGAAUAGUAUUACUGUGUUGUAAUUUUUCGUUAAGGGGAAAGUGUAGGUACUAGAUAGCCAUUAUUAUAGGAGUGGCCGAUACAGAUCUACCGUUUCGUCUGAUCUACCUAUCUUCGGUUCAGUUUAAUAGAUUAGGCUGAUCGUUCGAUAAAUGACUGACAAAUUGAAUAACACAAUAGUGCAAAAUAGUACACCUAUAAGCCAGGAAAACCAUAACACCGGCACACCGAUAAACGGGCAUAGCGUUCGUGAAAAUUAUGUGAUAAAAGCGACAGAGUUCUUAAACACCGACGCGAUAAAAAACACCCCGAUGGAUAGAAAAGUACAGUUUUUGAGAUCCAAAGGCUUGACCGAUCAUGAGAUAAAGUUAGCUCUCAACAGAGUGUUAAUGGUCAGCGGUCAAAAUCCUAGCCCCCCCGCCCCAAAUUUAGUACCGUCUCGACCGCAUUACAAUAAUUCGUCAGGUGUUAUGAGUCCGGAGUAUGGUGUUAUCCAAAAGCCAUAUGAGUCACAGGGUUGGUUCCGAAGACUUUUCGAGCCGAUCGCCUUCAUCACUGCUAUUGUUUACGCAGGCUAUCAAAUUUACAAGAAAUACGUAGAAGGCUGGCUUUUCGGCCAACGGCAGCCUACAUUGCAAGAACGUUUGCAAAUGGUUGAGAUUUCGGUACAGAAAUGUUUGUUGUUCCUGGAAGAAAAGAGCAAGGCUUCCGAGGAGUACUUGGCCGAUAUGCAAACGAAACGGCAAAUUGAACAAGAUCAAUUACGACAAGAACUGAAAUCGCUCAAAUGUUUGUUGCUCGGCAGAAAUCAAUUUCCGCCAGCUUCGACUACGCCAAGUCUUCCGCAAUGGCAACAAACAAAGCAAUCCAAAUCCGUCGAUCGAUCGUCAAAAGAAGUCACCGAGGAGCCAAGUACAUCCAAAAUGUUAUCAAAACCAACGCCCACAGGUUCUCAGAACGGCCCGGUCAAAAUUGAAUCCGUAACAAAAGAGAGUUCACCUCAAGUCGUGAACAAUGUUGAUAAAAAAUCAAAAAGUUCUUCCAAAUCGGCCAAAACUAAAAACACCAUCAAUUCGCAAAAUAUCAAUUUAAACGGAACGCAUAAUGAACCCAAAACGACUGUGCCAGUCAGUGGCGACACUGCCAAUAAAAUUUCAGACACUAAUGGAGAUAAGAAUAUAAUAGAUAAUCUAUCAAACUCGUCAUAAUUGUCGUCUACUGAAUACAAUAAAUUACCGUUUGAAAUUUGGAAAACAUUCAACCCUUUCUGGAUGUCCGACGGAUAUGUUUAUGUUCUGUAAAGGGUUAAUAUAGGGCUACGUAAACUAACUAAUUUUAUUUAAGACUGAAGUUACUUUAUAAUUAUAUAUUACCAGUUAUUUUUCAAACAACUUUUUUUUUUUUAUUGUAAUUAGUAUUUUAGCUGCGUGUUGGAUAAAUAUUGUCUAUUGGAACAUAUAUAUAUAUACAAAAUAUAUGUCUUGUUAAAACGGGUGGGUGAAUACUUAUUUUUCAAUAUAUUUAUAUUUAUAUAAGUAGGGAACUAUAUUUUUAUACUUACCUUUUAUUAUUUGUAACGGAUCCAAUGUUAAAUUUAUUGUAGUUUUUGUAAUUUUGUUAGUUUAUAA